AUGCUCGAGGAGCUGGAUAUCGUGCCAAAGCUCCUAACGAUCACAGGUGAUAAUGCUGGCAACAACAGGACCCUCUGCGGUAGUCUGCAUGCAGACCUUCUCAAGAUAUAUGACGAUAAAGACGAUUGCUUUCGUACCAGACCUCUCAUGCGGUUUCGUGGUCGGCAGAGCUUUAUCCCUUGUCUUGCCUAUGUCAUCAACCUUAUCUGCAAGGACGUAUUAGUUUCUCUAAGAGCCGGUUCAGCUCAAGAGACGAAGCUUAUCUUGGACGAAAUGACUACCCAAGGCAGCCAAAUGUUUUCCUUUGCUCACAGCACAAAUGGAGCGAUCAUGAAAAUCCGGCUGCUGACCCUAUGGAUUGCUCGUAGCCCACGACGCCGCCACGAUUAG